UUUUUUUUUUUUUAAGCUUUAGUCUUUGAUAGGCUCGUGGAUAGCAAUCAAGCUAUGUUUUGGUGGUAUACGAGCUAAAAUCAUGAGCAUUUUCACUCGUUCUAAGAAACUGGUGUCUUCGGUAAUUAAAAGCAGAGUUUUAGUGGAACAAAUCGGUGUUUUUGGAGGCAUCUGUUCUGUCGCCAAGGCUUGGCGUGAUAGUUUGUGUUUGCGACGACACAGUACAGCAAAUUUAGCCUCAUGUCAACACGGGAGUCGUGUUUUCUCUUCUCAUCUAGAUACAAAACGAUGUUAUUCAGAGGUGUAUAGUGAAAUCACUAAUUCAGAGAAAUACGCUGGCGCGUUUCAAGAGGAGUCACAUAAGAUAGACGGAACCCAAAGUAAAAGACCCUCAGAGACUUUCAAUCUUGAUGUGCUGGUGUCACUGCUGUGUCAAGAAAAUGCAGUGGACCUCUGUGUGAUCAAAGUUCCAGAGCAGAUCAAAUAUGCAGAGUACUUCAUUGUCGUCAGUGGCAUAUCACCACGACACCUCAACGCAAUGGCACUGUAUGCCAUCAAAGUGUACAAAUUUCUAAAAAAAGAUGGAGAUCCACAUGUCAAGAUAGAAGGAAAGGAUGCAGAGGACUGGAUGUGCAUUGACUUUGGGAAUAUCGUUGUUCACUUCAUGCUACCAGAGACCAGAGAAGCGUAUGAACUGGAGAAACUCUGGACUCUCCGAAACUAUGACGAGCAGCUGAAGAGCAUGCCUGUUGAGACCCUACCAGAAGACUUCAUAUAUGAUGCCGAGGUUACAAAGUGACAGCACAAGAAAAAUGGUUGAAUUUGUUGACAGGCUUUACUGCAUCUUUGUAACAUUGGAUGUAUCCGUUCCUGUUUCUGUGGGGAGAAAUAAAAGGAAUUUUUAAAUGCAUUUGUCUAUUAUGCAACAAUUAUACUGUACUGAAGGAAUUAUUGCCCCCUCACAUGGAUAAAUGUAUACUCCAUUUUCUAUUAUUUCACCUUUACAGGACAUCUCAUGGUAUUUGUAAAACAAUUAUAUUUGAAUGAUUUUUUUUGUUUUAUUUGCUGAGGAAAAAUUGUUGAACAUAUUUUGUUUAUUAAUACUUUUAAAUACAGUUCUAGAUAUUCUAAAAUUAUUCUCUAUUUUUUUGAGUGCUCAGCUACAUUUACUGGAAAGUAAAUAUUUGCCCUGACAAAGGUUUUAGUUGUACAAUGGCACGCAAAUAUGCAAAUCAUCAAAAUUAUUAUCAAAAAGUGCCUUAAACUCAUUUUUGUUCCUGUAUGUAAAGAU